AUGCCGACCACCGCGCCCUCGUCGCCCAUCCUCUACUCCUUCCCAUCCUCGACGGAGCUCUGCGACGCGCUCGCAAACUUCAUCAUCAAGGCCCAGAAGGAGUCCAUCGAGAAGAAGGGAAGAUUCUCCGUCGCCAUCUCCGGUGGCUCGCUGCCCACACAGCUUAACGCCCUGAUCAACAAGCCCGGUGUCAGGUGGGACAAGUGGCAAGUGUUCUACGCCGACGAGCGCGUCGUGCCGCUCGACCACGCCGACUCGAACCACAAGCUGUGCACGGACGAGCUCUUCUCGAAGGUGCCCAUCCUCAAAGACAACAUCCACACCAUCGACUUCUCUCUCGCCGACGAUCUCGAGGAGCUCUCGGACGCGUACGAAAAGGAGCUUAUCCGCGAAUUCGCGCAGAAGGACUCUGCCCGCUUCCCCGUCUUUGACCUCAUCCUUCUUGGCACCGGCCCGGACGGCCACACCGCGUCGCUCUUCCCCGGCCACCCGCUCCUCACGGAAGAGGAUCGCUGGGUUGCGUACAUCGAGGACAGCCCCAAGCCACCCCCGAGGCGCAUCACCUUCACCUACCCUGUCAUCAACCACGCUUCGCGCGUCGCCUUCGUCGUUAGUGGCGCUGCCAAGGCUGAUACUCUGCAGACCGUCCUCGACAAGCCCGAGGAGGGCCUACCUGCGUCCAGAGUGCGGCCUACGCACCCCGGCCAGGUCUAUUGGUUCGUCGACGACCCGGCCGUGUCGAAGGUGUCGUUCCCAAGAACUCCGUUCAAACUCUGA